AUGGAAAAUAGUUUAAGGAUUUUACGUACACCUUUUGGUGAAGAUUUACCACGCGCCUUCAGUUACAAAGACGCAAGAACUGAAGAAACUCAAUAUUUUGGACCGUAUCUGCAGACAAUUCUACAUUUCGCCAGGUAUCAUAAUUAUCAAUUGGAACUAAUCAACAAGGAUAUUUUUAAUAUAUCAAGCAUAUUAUCAAAAAUUGAAAUCGGAGAGUAUGAUCUAUCUUUGCAUGGAGUAUCGUACACAAGACCAAGCAAUAUUGUGCAAUACAGCUAUCCGGUUGAAAUAUCGAAGAGAUGCAUAAUGGUACCUUUGGAAGAUGAACUUCCCAAAUUUUGGUAUAUAGUAUGGCCUUUUGAUCGUUACAUUUGGCUUGUUUGUUUCUUAAGCAUUUUUUAUAUAGCUGCUCUGAUGAGUUUUAUAGAGUAUCCGAGACUUGCAGUCACUAAUGAUGUUGCACGUAACUUGCCGCGUGGUUUAGCAAUAUUAUUGCAUUCCUCGAAUAUGAGUAAACGUAUCAAAAAUAUCUCUGUAAGGAUUAUCGUUUUUUACAUGCUACUUUUCUUGCUUGGUUUUAUACUAAAUGCUUACUAUUUUCCAUAUAUCACGGCUUAUAAUAUGAAACCCAUUUUUACAACUCCAAUUAAUACCGUAGAGGAAUUACUUCAAAGUAAUACAGAAAUCUUACUUCCACCAGAAUAUAAUAAUGAUGUUGAUGAUUAUAAGCAUCAAAAAGAUUUACAACCAUUGGCUAAGCUUCUUACAAGGCGUGUUUUUAAGAUUAGAUUGGAAUAUUUAAAUCGUUCCGUGGCUUAUGUGCUUCUACAGGAUAAAUGGAAAUUUGUGAAUAUGCAACAAAUGACUUUAAAAAAGCCAUAUUUUCAUCUGACCCCAUUGUGUUUUGGAGUGUGCUUCAAAUCGUAUCCAGUUCAGAACAUUGGACACAAAGGACCAGGACCAGGCACAGGCAUAGGCACACAGCUUACGGCUUUGAUGUAUCAACUGCUUAUGCAGAGCAUUAUCAGCAACAAAAAUAUUGGAGCAACUUCAGCAAAAUCAACAGUGACACCGACCAUGAGCAGCAAAACAAACUUGGCUGAUAGCAGUAGCCCAACGAGCACUGGCUCAACUUGCAGAACUGACAGCAGCCAAGAAUCCAAGUUAGACAUGCCGUCUGACAGCACCUACAGUAAGGUUGCUGGCCAUUUGCUAACUUCAUCCACACCUAGAACACUGAAUGAAUGCUUAGCUAUAUCAGAGCAUAUGGAAUUGUGCCAAAUUGAGUUGCACUAUCGCGCAGAGGGUAAUGCAAAUUUGGUGCUUGCAUUGCCGCAGUUCAAAAAAGUUUUACGUUUGCCAAAAAUGUUGCCGAUGAACGGCCAAACACAACAACAAUUCCAUGUUAAAAAAUCUCUACAACAAAAACGGCAGCAGCAACAGACUCUGGAAAGUGUUUCCGACUUGGUUAGGCAGCAAAACACAAAAGUUGAAAACUUGACAAUGAAAGAAUUUGUGGAUUUCAUUGAGAUAAUUCGACGUCUAUUGGGUAAUGAGUUUAUAUUUGAAGCGGAAGUUAUACAAAUACCAAAGGAAGCAGAUAGAAAAUGGAUAAAUGAACAUGUACGUGCCGCCAGACCAGCACAUCGACUGGAUAAAGAAUUUUGUGGGCAAUUUGGACUUCUGCUACCAGAUGUUACCCAGUUACCGGCAGCGUUCGACAUUUUAGUUUCCAAUUUACAGCCAAGAGCAGCAUUAACUGGAGACACAUACGCCAUUGAAAUUAAACCGAAACAAGGUUGGUUGCUUCCGAGUGAUGUCAACAAUUUAUUUAAAACGAAAGUGGCAAGUAGUGAAAGAGCUAAAGAAGCUGAAGUGUCUGCAACAAUAACCGCAUCGCAUAAAGCUUCAGUUCGAGCAGCGGAAAUAUCGCAGAGUACAAGUGAAACAACAAAAAUCUCAAACGCAAACGACACCAGGUGCCGCUACUGUGCGAUGCAAUUUUUAAAGCUACAACAACAAAAAGUUUCGGAACGCAGCUCCUAUUGCCCAAUGGAACUCUUCUCCGGUGCUCCUGGUAAAAUGUUGGCCGCAUUAGAUGCACUCUUCGAGUGUCCUCAAAAUAAUUUAAGAAUAUUUCAAAAUGGAAAUUUAAUUUAUGGAGAUCACUACAAAUCGUUAUCCUUCGAGAAACAAAUUGAACAAAUUUUUACGGGUAAAAUGACAUUGGCGGCUUUAAAAGAUUUCAUUGUAACAUGUCUCUUGAGAGACUCUGAUGAAAAUGGCAAAGUUGCUAAAAGCCGUGCCAACAUUGUCGUUCCUGGUGGCGUAGGUCAACCGCAUUCGAGUGCAACACAAACACAAGCUGCAACGAGUAAUGCUUUGAUGAUAGAAACAAAAGCGGAAACGGAAGUGCAGGCGACUUCAACACAAAUCACUGAAGCGGAAAUGUUGUGCUUACCAAAAAAUUGUAUCUUGCAAAAAAUUUUGCAUUUACAGCUGUUGGCCAAGCGAAAUUUAAAAUAUAUGUACGAAAACGGUUUUCUAGAAGUCACAACAAAAUCGUAUACAGCAUUAGGAACGCUUCUGAAGAAACAACAUAUAGUAAACUUCCUAAACUUAAGACCUGAAGAGGAAUAUUUGUUAGCAGCAAUGGCAAUGGAUUGUUCUAUUAUGCUAACAUUUCAGGAGAUUGAAGGACAUAUCAGUUCAACUUUAAGUCAAUAUAUUGUGCAGAUACCGAACAGUAACAAAACAUUCUUAACAAAAAUGCAUAUAUUGGACUUAGAUCCCAAACCUGACAGCCAUUUCAGUAAAUACGUAAAACAAACCAGAAUGGCAUAUGAGUGUUCUGAGAAGAGAUGAUAAUAAUCAACGAAAUGACAUGGGAUAUGUAAAAGUCUCUUA